GGGAUUCAAAACUCAAAAGGCACAUGAGAGACUUUCGUGGCCCUUUGUCCAAGCCCGGAAAACCAUACCCGUCUCUCUUUCAAUGAAAGUUCCGUAACAAGUCCUUAAUGGACGUUCCAAGACCCCCUUCGAUGCGGGUCUUGACCCGGCCACCCGUACCCUCACCCACUCCCACACACGCACCCUCACCGGAAGCUACACCCUCCCCCGCCACUGCCUCCCCAUCGCUGCCACAAGCUCAGGCACAGCCUCGACCUCUUGAGGGCGUGGUGGUUGUCGGCUUCAUCUCUUGGAGCCCCGAACACUCCUCACACCUCAUCAACCGGGUCAUUGACUGCAACGUAUUCGGGUCUGGUAAUCUCGAUGAAGUGUUGAGUAUUGAUACUGAGGAAGUAAAGGAUUGGUUCAAGUGGAGGCGAAUCAGCUACUACCACGACGAGGAGAAAGGGAUUUUGUUCUUGCAAUACUGUUCGACCCCGUGCCCUGCCCUUGACGGGUUGGCGGAGGCGGAUGCGGAUACGGGUUUUGACUCCCUUUUAGAAGACCGCCAGUUCGAGGAUCUUCAGGGCUUGCUGUUUAUGUUUUCUGUCUGCCAUGUAAUCGUGUUUAUUCAGGAGGGUUCGUGCUUUGAUACUCAAAAUUCGAAGAAAUUUCAUGUGUUACAAGCUGCAAAGAAUGCAUUAACUAGAUCGAGAACUUCACCACCAUCAUUAUCUAGACCGCUAUCAUCAUUGUCUUCCUCAAAGCCUACAGGAUUCACAAGUUCUUCUAACAGUUCUCCGGGUAGAAGUAGGGCCAUCUUGACUCGUAAUUCUUCAUCUAUAUCUCUCAUGUCAGGUUUAGGUUCAUAUACAUCUUUGUUUCCUGGACAGUGUACUCCCAUAACACUCUUUGUUUUCAUUGAUGAUUUCUCUGAUGUGUCAAAUCCCACUUCUACCGUAGAGGAUUUGACUGAUACCUCCUCAAUUAAUAAGUCUUCUAGUUUGAGUAGCUCAGCUCGGCCCACCUCUUCAAUGAAAGGUUCUGGUUCAGUCGUUGUGCUUGCGCGUCCAGUAAGUAAAUCUGAAGGUGGUACUAGAAAGAAACUGCAGUCAUCUCUUGAAACGCAGGCACGCCUUUUACUUAAGAAAUGCCGUACAUUGUCAGUUUCUGAAAGCAGUCAUUCAAGAAGCGGGAGCGUAUCAAGUGCUGCACCUUUGUUUGCUCUCGAUGCAUCAAGAGCAGUUGUGCUGCUUGACAGGUCUAUGAAUCAGAGAGGUGAACCGCUUGAAUUUGUCAGUGACCUUUUGGAAGUUGUUUUGAAUGGAAAAGCAACCUCAGAUUUUCUUUUGCUUGAAAGCCAUAGUCAGAGUGCAAACAAGGAGGAUCUUAUAUCCGUGAAGGAGUUUAUUUACAGGCAGUCUGAUCUUCUUAGAGGAAGAGGGGGGUUGGUUGCCAACAACAACAGUGGGUCAGCUGCUGGAGUUGGUAUGGUUGCUAUUGCUGCAGCUGCUGCUGCCGCCUCAGCUGCUUCAGGAAAGAGAUUUACUGCUCCUGAACUUCCAAGUUUAGAGACGUGGCUGUCUUCAAGUCAUCUUAUUUUGCAUGAUCUCCUUUCUCCAAAAGAAGUUAGAAUAGAUGAAACUGAUAUUGGCAGAAGAAAACCUCAUCAGGGGAACACUGGGCCAGCACAUGUAGAAGAGGCCACUACAGAUUCUCUGGAUCUUGCAGUAUCUUGGUUGAGCACUGGUAGGGGACUGAAUACCAGUUUUUCUACUCUUUGUUGUGAAAGAUCGCUUCCGGCUGCCAGGGAUGUGUACUUGAAAGACUUGCCUGUUUGCUAUCCUACUCUUCAGCAUAAAGCCCAUUUAGAAAAGGCAUUGAAUGCUUUCCACUCAAUGGCUAGAGGACCUGCAGUGCCACUGUUUGCUAAAAAGUUGGAAAACGAAUGCAUCUCUCUCUGGAAAUCUGGGAGGCAGUUAUGUGAUGCUAUUAGUUUGACAGGACGACCAUGCAUAAACCAAAAACAUGAUGUAGAAAGUGGCGAAUCACAUUUAGGAGCUGAAGUUAAGCCACAUUCCAGUGGUUAUUUUUUCCUUCAUGCUUGUGCUUGUGGUCGAUCACGGCGUCUACAGCCUGAUCCUUUUGAUUUCGAAUCUGCAAACCUUACCUUCAGUUUCUUUCCAGAAUGUGACAAGCUUCUUCCUGCAGUCUCCUUACCAGAAGUGAGCCAUUCAGGACCUAUUCGGCCUUCUUCAUGGAGUUUGGUUCGCAUUGGGAGUGCACGGUACUAUGGGCCUUCUAAAGGUUUACUUCAGAGUGGGUUUUGUGCCACUCAUAAAUUCCUUUUGAAAUGGACAAUAUUUCUAGAGAAACCAAAAAUAACCAAUGAGGUACCACCAAAAGUUCUGCAAAGAGGUCUGGUUUUAAGGUCAGAUUCACAUUCAAGGGCUGAAUUUAAUAGGGAUUCAGAUGUGAAAAAAAUCAGUGCUGCACCGUUGUACUCAGAAGAUAUACAACUAGGAACUGAAAGCAGAAGAAACCUCUAG